AUGCAGCUCGCCUCGAACGCGAUUCUGAACGCUCUCUGGGACCUCUGGGCUAAGGUUGAGGGCAAGCCGCUCUGGCGUCUCGUGGCUGACAUGACGCCCGAACAGCUCGUCGGCGUCAUUGAUUUCCGAUACAUCACCGAUGAGAUCACGCCCGAGCAGGCCCUGGCUAUGCUGAAGGAGAAGGAGAAGACGAAGAGCCAACGUCUAGCUGCUGCUCUCGAAGACCGCGCUGUGCCGGGUUACAACACGAGUGUCGGGUGGCUGGGUCUCAGCGAUGAGGAGGUCGAGGCGGGCAUCAAGCGUGCCGUCGACGCGGGAUUCAAGCAUUUCAAGCUCAAGGUUGGACAGGGUCUCGAGACCGAUCGCAAGCGUCUCGGCAUGGUGCGGAAGGUCGCCGGCGACGACGCUGUUAUCAUGACCGAUGUGAACCAGUUGUGGGACAUCGACUACGCGAUCGAGUACAUGCCUCAGCUGGCGGACCUGCGCCCGUGGUUCAUCGAGGAGCCGACGUCGCCGGACGACAUUCUCGGCCAUGCGAAGAUUCGUGCAGCCCUGAAGCCGCACGGCAUCGGCGUCGCUACAGGCGAGCAUGUCAACAACCGUGUCAUGUUCAAGCAGCUUCUGCAGGCCGACGCACUUGAUGCCGUGCAGCUGGACGCCCUGCGCCUGUCGGGCGUCAACGAGAUCCUGGCUGUCUGCCUGCUCGCGGCCAAGUUCGGUGUGCCUGUCGUCUGCCACGCUGGCGGAACUGGCAUGCCCGAGCUGUGCAACCACAUCGCCCACUUCGACUACGUCGCCAUCUCGGGCAAGCAGAGCAUUCUCGAGUACACGGACCACUGUCACGAGUACUUCACGCAUCCUGCCGAGUUCUCGAAUGGACACUUCCACGCCCCCAGGGAACCGGGAUACUCGACUCAGCUGACUGAUGAGGCGUUCGCCAAGUUUGAGUGUCCCGAGGGAUCCUUCUGGAAGAGCGACAAGGGUCAGGCGAUGCUGAAUGACCCGUGGCGCGGAUGCGCGGCCGAGCAGACUAGCCCUAUGAAGUAG